CUGAUGGGCGCCAGUUUUGAAAUCGCACGUGGGCGUGGCGUGUAAGAAGGCGUUGGGGAGGGGGCAGAGAAAGGCGAGGUUCUGUUGUCAGAUCUGUCAGUCUAGCCAGCCUGGCCCCUCCCACCUCAGUGAAGGCAUUACAUACUGCUGGUGCUCGUGCUCUUAGCAACCGUGCCUCAGCAACAGAGCCAAGGCAACAGAGCUCCACGGCAACAGCGUGCCGUGUCUCCCCAAUGGAGCUGCCAUUGGGCGGACCAGCGCUCAGGCACUACACCCAGAGCAGACCAAGACCUCACCGACAAAAACUGAAUUAUCGUCCCACCAGACCACAGGAGACAAUAAUUGAGAGUGAAAAUGAAGUCCUUGAACUCAUUGGACGAGUAGAUGAAGGAGUUGAAGAGUUCUUUACUAAGAGAGUACUUCCUACUGAUACACUGAAAAAACAAGAUGAAGAAACCAUUACAGUGCAUGAAGUGGCUCCUGCCAGCUCUGUACCUUGUCCACCCCCAACAAAAACACUCAGGAGGAAGCUUGGAGAUUUCUUUACUCUUAAAAAGAGACGUGGAGUGAAAUCAGAGACAAGCCAUGAGGGUCGGCCCAAAAAGGCGUCCAUCGCUGAUCUCAUUCGCCCUCUCAGGGAGGUCACCAGAGCUGAAAAAGAUAAGGAUAAGGACAGAGUGAGAGAACAUGACAAGGAAAAUGAAAAAGAGAAAGGCAAAGAGCAUCUUGCUGCUGUCACCGGGGAGCCAGCUGUUCAGGAGACACCUGUUUCUGGUGCUCCACCGCUGAGGAGUGAAGCGGUGCCUCCCCGUCGUGCUCUCCGAGAGGGGAAGUCCCAGUCUCUCAUUUUACUGUCUGGAUCAGCGGCAGCGGGGGCAACUAAUGCCAGAAACAAGAAACAAUUUGAUGGCCAAAAUAGCUUUGAACAGAAGCUUCAUCUCAUGCUUCAACGUAUUGGAGUUUCCAAACCCCAGCCAGGAGAGACGCAGAAUCAGGAGGGAGAGAUGAAAAAGGCAGAAUCCGAAGGUACUAUCAUUGACAGUAAACCUGAGCCACCUCCAACAAAACCUCGAACAAUGUCAGCCUCAUCAGACACAAGGCAUCAAAUUCGGCCAAGUGUAUCAGCACACGAGUCAGCUGGGAAACCUCCUUUGCUUCCAAAGCCAGUUAUCAAGCCAGGUCCACCCCCCCCAACAUCUGGUCGAAACACCCCAGAGAACGAGCUAGCACAAAUUCAGGAAGGGGAGACAGACACGCCUACUAAAGCUGCAGCUCCACCCACUCCGGCUCCUGCUCUCAGUGCUGCUGACACUCCUACUGUACCGACAAUCUCAGACUCAGUCCCUGAUUCAUCUAAUAUUACAGUUUCCCCUUCAAAUACUGUAACUCCCUCUGACACAGAUAUAUGCACUGACUCUGUUAACCCCACCACAGAGGAUACAACACCCACGAAUGUUACAGAGCUUGACAGCAAAGCCAGUCCUACUACCAUGGAAGUACCUGCCCCUACCUUACAAACAGCACUUAUAAACACUGCUACACCCACAGAGCCCCCUGCCCCUGUCUCAGUCAUUUCCACUUCCUCUGAGUCCAUUACUCCAAGCUCUUCUGUCACUUCCACCUCAACAAUAAUAACAACGCCUUCCAUUACCACUUUGGAAACAGUUUCUGCUCAGAGCAAUGAAAGCGUGGUUUCCACAACAUCAACAGAUCUGUCAACUAAAUUGACUUUGCCAGAGCCAAAUAGUACUUUCUCAGCUGAUAAUACUCCUACAGUUGGUACUGAUGCAGCUAUUUCUGUCAUCACCACUGUGGAUACAACUUCUUCAGUCUCCACCAGCACAUCAACUAUGCCAGCAGGCUCCCCAAACACUGCUAAUGUCACUACAGCAGUUAGUGAUGAAUCUACUUUGGUUGCUGUUACCUCUAGCAACUCUGAUGCUUCACUUUCACCAGUCACUACAACUACAUCCCAGCCUCUUAACUUAACAGACACCUUGAGUACCACUUCAGUUACAGUUUCACCUGACACCCUUGCAACCAGGCCCUCCACCCUUCCUCCCACCAGUUCCACCUCUUCCACAACCACAAGCCCAAUAUCCACCACCACCAUCUCUACUUCCACCCCUAUCCCUACCCCUGCCUUGAUCCCCUCCACUGACUCCAGUUCAACACCACCCACUAACACCCCCUCCACCACCACGAUUUCACCCACUGCAGCUGCAAUGACUAGUCCCCAACUCACGACUGACUCAGACCCACCUAAAGAUGUAAGCACUGCCCUCUCGCCGGCUCUCUCUGGUCUCUGUGCUCCUGAAAACUCAAGUGCUACUUCUCAACAUCUGACAAGUCUGACACCCUCCAAUGAUAGUUCAGGCCAAGAUAAUGGGUUGCAGAUGUCUCCCGAGGAAAGAUCCAGUCUGCCGGUGGCUGAAGUUAAGACCCCUGCUGAUGAGGCACUCGAGAUAGUCCAGAAGAGCAGGCAAACCGAGGUGGUUGAAAGCAAAUCAAUUAUCGAUACUGAAAAGGAGAAUGAGAUAAAAAAUGAGAAACCAACCCCAGUCAGCAGUGAAGCUAUAAGUAAAGAAUCGCAGGAAAAACCUGAAGAAGAACUGAAGACAACAGAAGUGGGAGUGGCAGAAGCUGCAUCUGGAAAAGUGGCCGAUCAGUGCAGCAAUCAGGGCGUGAUUCAGAAAGAAGAAGAAACAAAAUCUGUGGAUGACAAGUAAUUCAGACAACGACAAAUUACAAAAUAUGGGACCAACUACUGUGAUGGAGGCAGGAGAGUCCACAGUAAAGGGUAGAGGGGGGAAGAUCCAUGGCACUUCCUACAGGGACCACCAUCUUACAGCAGCACACCACAGCGGGUGGGCCACUGGACCAAAGAACUGAGAUCCCCUUGGUGUGAUGUAAUCGAUAAAUCCAGCAGUGUCUUUGUCCUUUUUUAACUUUUGUUUGAAAUUUGCAUUGCACGUAUGAUUAUGUACCAUAAGACAUUUACUGUGGUAAAAUACACCAUGUUUACAAUAGAUGGAUAAGAGACAUAGAUAUGACUAUUAAAUGGAAUAUUGAAUGGACUGAA